CCAUCAUUGGGAACCUGGAAGCUCUGUCGGACGGUGAGAUCCAGCAGCUCAUCGAACUCAACAAGAAGAUGGGCAAUCAAAGUUUGGCUACGGCAUACCAACUUCGUCUUGAUCAGCGUCGGACCGCAGUGGAGCCCAUCCCACUCCAGACGCAGGCUACCACGGUCGACCGUCACAUCAAACAGCUCGAGAAGAAGCUCAAUGCCGAUUUGGGUCAGUAUGAGCGUUGGAAGGAUUGGCUCGAUGCCAAAAAGGAGUCCAUUGCCAAGACCAGAGUCACGCUGCAGGAGUUGCUCAGCGGCAGUGGGGAGUUCCUCGACCUCUCCAGCGUCGAGAGCGCGUUCGGGGUCGAUGGCGACGUCUACGAGAUUCAAGAUUCAGAUCGAGAGGAGCUCGCAGCCAGAUCUCAGCAGCUACGUGAACAGAUCUCCAAUGCGGCCAAGGACCUCUUCGGCCAG